AUGAUUCUACGAAGUAUCUGCCUCCUGGCUGCCGCCUCCCUCUCGUUCGUCCGUGGUGAUGUCCAAGUUAUGUCGCCCCAAGCGGGAGACGCCAUCACCGGGCUCAAUCUCGCCAUACGAUGGAGAGAAUCAGGCAAUGCGCCACUCAUUUCACAGCUAGCCAACUAUCAACUCUUCCUCUGCGCUGGAGGAAACGACGAAUCAGAUUAUAUUCCCCUAGCAACAUUGGUCUCGGCGGGCACUUAUACGACGGGCAACUCCAUCACUAUUCCUUUGACAGCUGGUAUUGGAGCCGACGUCGCCAACGCCUAUUUCCUGAAGUUCGUCUCUGCGGCUCCAGGAGGCACUGUUGUGAACUUCUCCGAUCGCUUCACACUUAAGAGCAUGACCGGUACCUUCCCCCAAGCGGUACAACAAGCGCUGCGGACUGUGACCGGUACUGCUGGUCCAGCCGACCAGAACAACGCCGAAGCUCCUCAAGCAGGUGCAGAUGCUGCUACUCCGUCUGUGGCAGACGAUGUCUACAACACCCCCUACACUCUGCAAACGGGGACAAUCCGAUAUGCCCCCAUGCCUCCGAUGGCCCAAACCAAGAUUACUGCGAAAAACGCUUCCCCUCAAUGGCCUACCAGCGCGUACACCGUUUACCAGACAAUUGCGGGAACACCGGAUGCCAUAACCACGAACACUUUAGCGUUGACGUUCUCGGCUUCCAGUCGAGAGAACCCCGUUGCUGCGGCCGGUCAACCCACUGAUGGAGCAGUGCAGAAGUUCUUAAACCGGUGGAAGGACUGA